UCUGGCCUACUCUUCAUUCUUCAUCCUCCCCAAUUCUCUCUUCUCAUUUCUCAUUUCAAUCACGGCCGCCGGCAUAGCUAUGGAUUGCACCAAGAUAUGCAUAGCAUUUGCAUUCUUAUGCAUUUUCAUUACAGUCGGAGCUCAGUCACCUUCCGCAGCUCCGACCACUACACCGGCAGCCGUUGCUCCAAUCAAAUCAAAAUACCCAGCACCAGUUGUACCUGUUCCUACAUCAGCACCAGUAACACCACCACCGACAGUUAUUGUUACUGUCCCGGCAGCAGCUCCAACGACACCUGUCGUUCCGGCGGCAGCUCCAACUACAACUGUCAUUCCGGUGCCAGUAUCACCGCCGGCCAAGACACCAGUAAGCUCUCCACCGGCUCCAGUUCCGGUCAUCUCUCCUCCUACACCGGUUCCAGUUAGCUCUCCUCCAGCUCCAGCUCCGGUAGCUGAGACUCCUUCUAUAAUUCCUCCAGUUUCCGAACCACCGACGGCUUCAGUACCUGCGCCGGCACCGAGCAAGAAGAAUGGGAAGAAGAAACACAGUGCUUCUCCGGCACCGACUCCGGCAUCACUCGGCCCACCGGCACCACCGAGUGAAGCACCUGGGCCAAGUAUGGAUGCAUCUUCGCCGGCUCCUAAUGUAGCAGAUGAUCAGAGUGGAGCAGAAGCUGUCGGUCAGAUGGUCGGAAGCUUAUUAUUUGGAUGCAUUCUCUUCAUGCUCUAAAAAUAAGUUAAAAUAAAUUACUCCAUUUUCACUUCUUUUUUUUUUUUUUAAUUCGUUUGGUUGAACUAUCAGUUAUUUUUUUUUUAAAAUUUGAUUUUUCUGUUGAGACUUCAUUCAUUGUUUGGAUUAUAUAUAUGUGUAUUGGAUUAUUGUAGUAAGGUUUACACUUGUGGAGCAUUAUGUUUA